AUGCCGCUUAUCCUCAUAACCGGCCUACCGACCUCGGGCAAAUCCACGCGCGCCGCGCAACUCUACGACUAUCUCACCGAGCGCAUUGCCGCCGAGUCCUCUGCUUCUUCGACGCCGAAGUUCCGCCUGCAUUUGAUCUCCGACCAAAGCCUUUCCAUCUCGCGCUCCGUCUACGACCUCGACCCAGCGCACACGCCAGCGCACGUCCGCUCCGCCAACGCCUCGGAAAAAGAUGCGCGCGCCGCGCUCUACGGCGCCGUCAAGCGCGUGCUCUCCCCCCGCGAUAUUGUCAUUCUCGACACGCUGAACUACAUCAAGGGGUGGCGCUACCAGCUCUACUGCGAGGCCAAGAACGUGCAGACGCCGUUUGGUCUGGUGCAAAUCGGUUGUCCCGUGGCGCGGGCGAGGGGAGUUAACGAGGCUAGGAUACGAAGGCAGGAGCAGCAGGAGCAGGAGAAGGAGCAGAAUGGCAACGACAACAACAUCACAAAAGACGAGUCAUCAACAACACAAACAUCAUCAUCAGCAACGACGACAACAGCAGUAGCAGGAGCAGCACCAAAAUCCGGCGAUCUCCACCCCGAAACUUACCAACAAUCCCACCAAAACUGGCAACAGAAACAGUUCGAGGAGGAGGAGGAGGAGGAGAGCACAGGUCCCGAUUUCGACGAAGAUGUAACCCUCGGCGACACAGAUUCCCCGCAAGAGCCAUACCUGCCCCGCUCCAACUGGGAAAACCUCGUGUUCCGCUACGAGGAACCGAACCCCAUGACCCGCUGGGACUCCCCUUUGUUCAUCCUCACCUGGACCGAUUCGCCGGAGGACGCCCGCAAGGUGUUUGACCAGAUCUGGGACGAGGUGAUCGUCAACAAGCCGCAGAAGCUCAUAAGAGCGAACAAGUCGACUGUGCAGCGGGACAAAGACCCCGGCGGCGAUUAUUUGUAUGUCCUGGAAAAGGAGACACAGGAUAUUGUCAAGAAGAUCUUGGAGCAGCAGGCUGAGGUGGGAGAGGGAGGGACGGUGAGUUUGUCGAGGAGUGGUGGGCCGACAGGAAAAGAGGACGAGGAGAUGUUGGAGGUGGAGCUGCCCGGGAAAAAGGUUGGGUUGCCACAGUUGCAGAGGUUUAGGAGGGCGUUUGUGGCGCUGAAUAGGGGUGGUAUUGGGCUGGAGGCGGUGGGCACGUUGGCGGCGGGGAGGUUGAGGGAGAGCUUUGUUGGGUAUCUGAAUGAUGCUUUUGAGAAGGAGAUGUGA